GAGUUGACCGCUGCAGUUGCUCCAAGAAUGCCGUGACCUGCCUUCGCCGCACUUUGCGGCUUCUUUGAAGAGUCUCAAUGAGAGAUGGGAGGUGUGACAUCUGGCAUGUUCAUGAAGAUCUACCAAGAGACGGGCCUGGAGUCAUGGAUAACAUCGCCGACAGAUGUCAAACUACUGACUCUCCAGCGAUCUGUCCGCUUGUUCGCAUAUGGAGGCUCCACCAUCACUCUUGCUUUGUUUCUAUCUCAUCUGAACGUCAGCGAUCAGCGGAUUGGUCUGUUCAUGACGCUUACACUCCUGGGCGAUGUAGCCAUCAGUCUUGUCUUAACUGUCGUGGCAGACAGGAUCGGCAGGAGGCGCAUGUUAGCAUUCGGGGCCCUGAUGAUGGCUGCCAGUGGCAUCAUUUUCGCAUUGUUCAGUAAUUACUGGAUCCUGGUGCUGGCAAGCGUUCUCGGUGUCAUCAGUCCUAGUGGCAACGAGAUCGGUCCGUUUAAAGCGAUUGAGGAGUCCACCAUCUCGCACCUGAUACCGACAUCCGAAAGGAGCAAUGUGUUGACCUGGUACAUCAUCGCAGGGCUUACUGGUACCGCAUCCGGGACCAUCAUUUUUGGCUGGCUCGUGCAGCUGUUGCAGGUUAAUCAUUCGUGGUCGCCACUCGAGUCGUAUCGCGUCGUGUUCUGGGUGUAUGCCGCCUUCGGCCUUACGAAAUGCUUGCUUGUCCUUUUACUGAGCGGCAGGUGUGAGCCUGCUGCAGACCGGAGUAUUUCAGCUGCGCCUGUAAGCGAGGCCUCACCGCUCCUCCAACAGCAAGGUGAGAAUGAACGACUGGCUCCCAAAGAUGACCUUGUCAACCCAUCGUCGAGACCUUGGCUACCGACUCUGUCCCAAGAGACCCGAGCCCUGGUGGUCAAAUUGUGUUUCCUGUUUGGCCUCGACAGUCUUGCAUCUGGUCUAGCUCCCGUGACGUGGAUGACCUACUAUUUCAAUCACAAAUAUGGACUUUCCGAGGGCCAUCUAGGGACCUUGUUCUUCGUUGCCGCUGUCUUAUCUGCGGCAUCUAAUCUGGUCGCACCCGCACUGGCGCGCCGUUUGGGCCUCAUUAAGACAAUGGUCUUUACCCAUAUUCCAGCCUCACUUGCUCUUGCUGCAAUUCCCGUUCCAAACAAUGUUGCACUUGCUACCACAUUUCUCCUCUUUCGUGCAAGCACCAACAGCAUGGAUCAGGCACCACGGCAAGCAUUCCUUGCGGCCGCUGUGCAGGCGUCCGAACGCACGGCUGUGAUGGGAAUCGUUAAUGUCGUCAAAACACUCAGCCAAAGUGCUGGCCCCUUCGUCACAGGGGUCUUUGCCUAUCGACAAUUAUUUGGUCUCGCAUUCAUCAUCGCGGGUGCGUUGAAAAUUGUAUACGACAUUCUUAUGCUGGUAAUGUUUCUGGGCUAUCAGACUGUGGAGGAGCGGGCCCAGCAACAUGUCGAGUGUGAAGAUGGAGCAGAGUCAGCAAACCAAGAGGAAGUCGCGGCUGGCGACGCUGAAGUCUUGUGAUUGUUCAAUUAUGGGAGGUGCUUUGCAGCUUCCACGUCCAGCGUACCUUCCCGUCACUUUCACCUCUUGCGCUGUCGUCCUUCUUC